AUGCAAUUACCUGAGCCUUAUUAUAACGAUGAUCCUAAAUCCUUUGCGUAUUCGACUGUACGUAAGAGAUGGCCAACUAUAAUUAAGGAAGGGAUUGAGCAUUUGAUGAUGGAAAUUGAAAACCAGCCUUCUUUAAAAGAAUCGGGGGGUGUUUUAAUUGCCAAGCUUGAGCUGCUACUCACUUCUUUUAAAAAAGACGAAAAAGUUACUCCAUUUGAUAAUGCCGCGAUCAAGAAGAAUGGUUGCUUAGUUCACUAUAAUAAAUCUUUAGAAAAAUUAAACGAAGAAAAGACCGUUACAUGGCUCACGGGACCUUGGCUCUAUCUCGAAUGUUAUUUGUAUGAAUUGAUUCAUUUGUAUUUCAUUAGUUCAGAACAUUCGUAUUGGAGAUCAUUUGAUAUCUUUGAGGCACAAAAGAAUAGCAGUUUUCAACACUCACUGUCUGGCGUUCUUGAAUUAUGCAAACGAUAUGAGACGCUAUCUGAUGAGUUACAGAAUCAGGACGUGAGCCCAGAUGCUCUACAAAUACUUUUCAACGAGUUUAUAAGCAUAUCUUUGUGGGGAAAUGCAACAGACUUGUCUUUGUUAGCUGGAAGUGUUUCCAUUGAGGAAAUCAAAUCAGUCCAGGCAGCUGACUUUAGGAAAAAAAAUGAAGAAAAGAUUAUAGUUAAUGAUUUAAAUCAAGCUUGGAAUCAUUUGGUUAAAGAAAAUACAAGAAGAAUCGAUAUUGUUUUGGAUAAUGCCGGAUUUGAAUUGUUUGCUGAUUUAAUCUUUGGACUAUUUGCACUCGAUUCAAAUUUGGUUACGUCUGUCCACAUUCACUGUAAAAAGAUCCCUUGGUUUGUGAGUGAUACAUUACCAAAAGAUUUUGAUAACUUAAUUGCUCAGUUGGGCGAUCUGAAGUUUUUCACUGAGAUCUAUAACGAGAAACAAGAUGCUCAAGCACUUAUCUCCCUUCAUGAUAGAUUAAGACAUUAUAUCGAAAGCAAUCAGAUCAGAGUUGAAUCGCAUGACUUUUGGACAUCAGAUAGCUACUUUUGGGAAAUCCCAAGAACCGAAGACUUGUAUAAAAAUUUAUUAAACUCAGACCUAGUCAUCUUCAAAGGUGAUUUAAAUUACAGAAAGUUGACCGGUGAUUUGCAAUGGCCUAAAACUACUCCCUUCUCAACGGCAAUCAUGGAUUUGGCAGAUUCUAAGCUUCCCAUAUUAUCACUACGCACUUGUAAAGCAGAUGUUGUAGUGGGGUUGCCGGAAGGACUAAACGAAGAGUUGAUUGAGAAAUAUAAAUCGAUGGGGAAUGAAGUUGGCGAGUUUUGGAGCUCUUCAGGUAAAUGGGCUGUUAUAUCAUUCUGUAAAGGUUCAUAG